CUUUACUCUGUUAACCCAUUCAUCAUUCCAAGUUUCUUGAAUCCAAUUUUCUUGAAUCAUUCAUCAUUCCAAUUUUCUUGAAUCUUCUCUUCCCAAAAUAUCUCCAGCCUUUUACGUCAGUAGCUUAUCAGAAAUUCAGAUUAUUUGCUGUACGUUUCGUAUUGAUUCUUAUUUCUUCGAUGCAUAUUUCGCAAGUGAAUGCUUGAUUUUCAACUUCUGGGAUUUCUUGAUUUUGAUCUUCUUGAUGAUACUGAAAUUGUUUGGUUCGAUUUGUACUGUGAGGAAGCGUCUGCACAGUGUUUCCCAUUUUCCUGUGAGCUGAAAUGGUGAGUUUUUAGAAAUCGUUUAAUUGCUUUUCUGACUCUAUAUAACAAUGUUUGCUUGGGUAAAUCAGAUGGUUGAUUUUUCUGAAAUCGUUGAAAAAGCUCUCUUGUUUGUAAGCAUAGACUUAGAGGAGAAUACAAACAUUCUUCAAAAAAAAAAAGAUUUGCUGACAAGGAGAAGGGAUGAUUUGCAUGCAAAAUUACAAAAUGCAGUGUAUCUUCCAAGAAAAAAACGCAAGACAGAGGUUGAAGAUUGGUUGGGUAAUGUUGAAGACUUAAUAACAGAAUUUGAAACCUUGAGAGCAGAAGUACAACGGGGCAGAAUUCUUGCACGAAAAAUGUUGAGUGAACGGGUUGAAACAAUGACUAAGGAAGCGAUGGAGCUUCUUGAGCAAACUGGUUAUCUUAAUGAGCUUUAUAUUGAGGUUGAUGAGAGGAUUGCCCCGCUAUUGGUUUCAUCCAAACACAAUGGCCGAGCAUUCCUUCAAAUUGUUGAUGAAAUUUGGGUGUCGUUAAUGGAUGAUAGCGUCUUAAGCAUUGGCAUUUAUGGAAUGGCAGGAGUAGGUAAAACAACUGUGGCAAUGUAUGUCCAUGAUAAGCUCUUGGAGGAGCCCAGAUUCUGUGGUCAAGUUUAUUGGAUCACAGUCUCUGAAGAAUUUACAAUCUACAAAUUGCAGAAUGAAAUUGCUGUUUUCUUGAAACUGGAUUUAUCGGAUGAGAAUGGUGUGAAAAAAAGGGCAGCUAAACUCUCUCAGGUACUCAAGAAAAGGGAGAAAUUUGUCCUAAUAUUGGACAACGUCAUGAAACAAAUCGAUUUAGAGGAUAUCGGUAUUUCUGAAGGAAUGACCGGUUCCAAAUUGGUCAUAACAACUCAAUCAGAAAACGUUUAUCAAUGGAUGGGCUGCCACAGAAUUAUAAAAGUGAACACACUUCCCCAUCAAGAAGCUUUGGAAUUGUUCUUUAAUCAACUUUGCAGAGUUGAACGUCAUCCUGAGGUAGAACGGAUUUGCAAUAAAAUGGUAGAACGGUGUGGUGGUUUGCCACUUGCACUUGUUAAAUUAGCUAAAAGCAUGAGGGGAAAAAAUGACAUUGAAGAUUGGAGAUAUACAUCAGGAGCACUGGAAAAUUCAUGUAUGGGUCUUGCCGUCAUGGAAAAUGAUGUUUUUCCAAUACUCUCGGAUAGUUAUGAACAACUGAGUAAUACAAAACUAAAAAGUUGUUUCUUGACUUGCUCCCUGUAUCCUGAAAACCAUCCUAUUCCAAGAGAAGAAUUGAUUGAAAGUUUCAUUUCAGAAAAGCUGGUGGAGAGAAGUUAUAAAGGGUUGGGAGCUGAGAUAGACCAAGGUCAUGCAAUACUGAAUCAAUUGGAGGGAGCCUGCUUACUGGAAAGGGCUUCAACAGAUCGGCAUGUGAAGAUGCAUUAUAUGAUGAGAAGCAUGGCAAUAUGGAUCAAGAAGCCUAGAUACAUGGUAAAAGCUGGACAUAGCUUAGGGGAGAUACCAGAGGUGCAAGAAUGGACAGACGAUUUGGAUGUGGUUUCUUUGAUGAAUAACUCUAUAGAGGAAAUUCCACCUGGCAUGACACCCAAGUGUUGUGGACUUUUAACAUUAAUUUUGAGACAAAAUCCUCUGAAGUCAAUUCCAAAUUGUUUCUUUGAGCACAUGCAUGGUCUACAGACUCUCAAUUUAAGUGACACUUCUAUUCAGAACUUGCCAGAUUCCAUGUCAGACUUGGAGAAUCUAAGAACAUUACUGCUGAAAUUUUGUAAUAAACUGGAGUCAGUGCCAUCCUUGGAAAAGCUCAAGGAAUUGAGACAUUUGGACCUCACAGGUACCAGUAUUGAGGAAGUACCCCAAGGUAUGGAUAGCUUAAUCAACCUCAGAUUUCUAUAUUUGAGAUGUCCUAAAUUAAAGGUGUUACCAACAAAGGCUUUGCAUAAAUUCUCACAUCUUCAGAGACUCUCAUUGCCAAGUCAUAUAUGUAUGCCAAUAAAAGAAGUUGAGGCAUUUAAACACUUGGAAGUAUUAGAAGGCUGAUUAAAUAGCGUAAGUAACCUCAAUCAAUUAGUAAAGUCUCAACAAAUUAAUAGGCGACUCAUUUCCUAUGCUAUUGUUUUAAGCUCUGACAAAAGUUAUGAAUCUGAUGCUAUUCAUACAUUAUCUUGUAAACAGAUAAGUUUUGGAGAUGACAGUCUCAUAGAAUCCUCUUCAGGCAAAGAUGAGAAUUUGCUGUUGCGAGAUAUUGAGGAAUUAUACUUUAGGAGAAGUGGCAUGGGUAGUUGCUUAUUAGAUGAUUUCCCAAUUCUGAAUGGUGCUAGGGAUUUGAAGUCAUGCACAAUAUUAAAUGAGGAUAAAAUAGAGUGCAUUAUGAGGUUAUCAUCUGCUGAAGAACAACAGUCUGGUGGGGCCCCAUUUAAAAGCUUUCAAUCGUUGUCCCUGGAAAAUUUGCCAAAAUUUUUUGGUCUCUUCAUGUGGGAAGCAGUUGCACCUUUUCCACUCGGCUCAUUUUCCUGUCUCAAAAAGUUGACGAUUGAAUUGUGUGAUAAAAUGAAGAAGCUUAUCCCUCUGAGUUUGGUGCGCAAUUUCCAUAACCUCCAACACUUGACCGUUACUAGUUGUUCACGAAUGGAGGAGAUAAUAGAAGAUGACAACAAUGAUGGAGUAAACAGUAGUAGUAAAGACACCACAUUUCCAUGUUUAAAAAUAUUUGUAUCUGAGAUAUCUGCCAUGACUGAAGAGCAUCUGCAAGGGUAUGAUUUGUUGUGAUUCUAUUCAGGAAAUUCAUUUGGUGGGCAUUAAAAUGAUGAAGUGCCUUUAUAUCUGCGGCUUCUCGAUGGACAACCAUCUCCUCCCCCUUCUCUUGAAUUAAUCAGGAUAGCGAGAGAAGAGGAAGAAUGGUGGGAAUCAUUGGAGUGGGACCGUCACAAUGCCAACAGCAUCCUUGAACACUUGGUACAUUACUGCAAUGAGUGAAGGUGUUUGAUCAAACUCUAUCCACUCACGGUAUUUUACACAGAUGGCGGGAGAGAGGAAUGAAAAACAUGAAGUAGAAAACAAAAGUGAUGCAUGAAGCUCAAAGAACAUCGGCACAUUAUCCUAGUUAGUGGCUAUCUGUACUGCCCCUUCAAGACCUUCACUACAGAUUAAAUUGCUAGUUCUUAUUCCAUUCUUCCUAGUUUUGAAUCUGUGUGGAAAUUCUAGAUAUCAGGUAUUUUACACACAGCUGGCGGGAGAGGGGUGAAAACAUGAAGUAGAAAACAAAAGGGGUGCAUGAAGCUCAAAGAACAUAGUACAUUAUCCCAGUUAGUGGCUAUCCGUACUGUUGAACCAUUGCAUCCUGCCGUCCGAGUCCUUCACUACAGAUUAAAUUGCUAGUUAUUAUUCCAUUCUUCCUAGUUUUGAUUCUGUGGGGUCACAAUUUUGUCAGCAUUUAACAAAAACACGUUACAAACAUUCGGUGUAAUUCAUUAUGUAACACAAAUUUGUAUGAUAGCGGAAAAGAGACGUGAAACUGCAUACAAUAAAAUCAUGUAAAUGUGUAGUGUUACUUGUC